AUGGCUGAAUCUCUUGUAUUUGCUUACGGGUCCACGGAACCCGUCAAAGACAUCCGUCUUCAUUCAACCCCUCUACCUGCGGACUGCGGUCCUAACCAGGUGGUGGUUGAGUUCCUUGCGGCACCCAUCAAUCCUCUCGACUUUCUGGUGUUGCACGGAAAAUACCCCGUCAAACCACAGAACCACAUCGCCGCCGCCGACGGCGAGCACCGACCCAUUCCGGGCUCAGACGGUGCGGCCCGUAUUGUCAAGACGGGAUCGGCGGUGACCCAGUUCCACGUCGGGGACACCGUCAUCCUGCGGACCCACUGCCGAGGCUCGUGGCGCACGCACGCCGUGCUUGACGAAAACGACGUGCUGCGCGUUCCGUCAGAACUGGAUCCUCGGCUAGCGUGCAUCCUGCGCAUGGGCGUGGCACCGGCCUACUUCCUGCUGCGGGACUAUUCGGUCCUCGAGCCCGGCGACUGGAUCAUCCAGAACGCGGCGGCAGGCACAGUCAGCCAUUUCGUGACUCAAUUGGCGCGCCUUCAGGGUGUCAAUGUCAUCAGCGUGAUUCGCGCCCGUGGCACCGACGACGAACUCGAGCGCACCAAACGGUCGCUGCGCUCGCACGGAGCAUCGAUUGUCCUGACUGUUGACGAGCUGAAGACCACCGGCGCGGAGGUGUUGACGGGCAAGCGCAUCAACCUCGCGAUCGACUUUGUGUCCGAUGACGCACUGGCGCGACUGAUGGCGUCGUUUUUGGCCCCUGGAGCCACACUCGUCACGGCUGGCUUCCUGGGGGUAGCGCCAUCAGGCCCCGAAGGCAACCUGCGUCAGUUCCUGUGGCAGCGCAACAUCACUCUCAAGGCAUUUCGACUUAGCGAUUGUCUUGGCCGACGAUCAGCGUUCCAUCAGACGGCGCUAUUGGAAUGGUUUGCGCGGUUAUUCAUGGAGGGAACGCUAAGGGCCCCGGCGCUGGAGUUUGUGCGGUGGAAGCGAGGCGACCAGGGUCUGGAAGGCAAGUUGCAGGAGGUGCUCGAGCGCCAUGAGAGGGGCGAAGUAGGCGAGCGCAAGAAAAUUUUGGUGUUUGAGCAGUAG